GAGAGAGAGAGAGAGAGAGGGGCUCCUGACAUUCUAAGAGCACCAAGGUUCGCCCCCAAAUUCCUAAAUGCUCUUAGCUGUAAGAUUGUGAGGAGACAAUGUUUUCGAAAUCAAACAGCAAAGCCGCCGCCGAUUCAGGAACCGGAAAAUUCACAACCGACCUCAAAAUCAUAACCGAAGCCCUGCACUCGGAUAAGCCCGAAUCCAGCCCGAAGGCUCGAACCCGGCCCAAAACCGUCGAGAUUCCUCGUCCGCCCGACCCAAAACCCAAAUGUAAGGACCCGAAAGAUGAGAAGGAGAAAAAGCCCUCUCUCUGGACCUGGAAAGGCCUCAAGGCCCUCACCAAUGCCAGAGCCCGGAGAUUCAACUGCUCCUUCUCUCUGCUCGUCCACAAAAUCGAGGGCCUUCCCACCAUUCUAAACGAUGCCUUUUUGGUUGUCCAUUGGAGGCGUAAAGAUGGGGACCUCAUGACCCGGCCCGUACGGGCCCAUCAAGGCGUGGCCCAGUUAGAAGAGAAUUUAACACACUCAUGCAUCGUUUAUGGAAAUAGAAGUGGACCCCACCGUUCGGCCCGAUAUGAGCCCAAGAACUUCCUUCUGUACGCGUCUGUGUACAACUCGCCCGAUCUUGACUUGGGCCGACAUCGUGUGGACGUGACUCGCCUGCUUCCUCUGACGCUCGAUGAGCUCGAGAAUGAAAAGAGCUCCGGGAAAUGGACGACGAGCUUCGGGCUCUCGGGUAAGGCCCGAGGGGCCACAGUCCACGUCAGCUUUGGGUAUGCAGUGGUUGAGAAUGGGGGAGACAGUAAUCACAGCGUGCCUGAGAGCCCGCGGGCCCUCUUUGACCCGUUUGACUUGACGGGUGAGCUGAGUGUGAUUCGCAGGGUGGAGAGUCUCCCUGCCAGGCUGUCGACGUUUGACCAGCCCUCGGAGGACGUGAAGGACCUUCACGAGGUCUUACCUGUGGAAGAGGAUUAUGGUAAGUUGGUGGAGAAUAAUUUGGGUUUGGAUUUGGAUUGUUUUUCUUCAGAUGCUGCAGGUGAGAAGGUUUGUGAAGCCGAGGGGGGAAUUAGCGAGUUCUCUGUUGUGGAGAAGGGGGUAGAAGUGGAAACUGUUGUCCCGAAAGACGAGCAAUCGGAAAUUAGAGGCCUCGACUCUGAGGAGAAAGAGAACGAUGAUGUGUGCUCAAAGGAAUCGCUAAUGAAGGAUCUGGAAACAGCGCUGAGUUACGCCACAGAGCUAGUCAACGACGGGUUAGAUUCUCAAGAAGACGAAAACGAUGCUCUGCAAAGAGAAGACUCGUUAGAUAAACUUCCCGUCUCGGAUGACCUGAUAGAUUCGGUGGCUAAUGAUUUCUUGAAUAUGCUGGGCAUAGACUGGAGCCCGUCGGGCUCGGGCUCCGAAAGCGAGCCCGAGUCUCCAAGGGAGUGCCUCUUGAAGCAAUUCGAAAAGGAUGCACUUGCGCAUGGAGGCCUACUCGAUCUCGAAAUCGAAAACGAUCUCGUUUGGGACGACGAGUCAUCAUUAAAACACGACAUUAUCCAAGAAAAGCCCGAACUCGAGAGUUCGGUUGACUUUCACCCACCGAACAAGGUUUGCAGACUUCCGCCGCUGGCCGAGGGUGUGGGCCCGUUUGUGCGGACGAAAAAUGGGGGUUUUUUACGCUCGAUGAGUCCUGGGUUUUUUCCGAACGGCAGGAAUGGAGGGAGCCUUGUCAUGCAGGUGUCGAGUCCUGUGGUGGUGCCGGUGGAGAUGGGUUGCAACGUGAUGGAUGUGCUUCGGGGCUUGGCGGGUUUGGGGAUCGAGAAGCUUUCCGUGCAGGCAAAUAGACUUAUGCCAUUGGAGGACAUAACAGGCAGUACUAUCCACCGGAUAGCGUGGGAGGCUGGUCAACGUGUCGUGGGGCCCGCCGAGAGGCAACCCCAAUCCAAGAUCCUGCAAAAAACGAAAACCUCAAACUCGACAGGUGGACUCGAUUUGCUCGACAUCAAGAAUGACAACGGGCUUGACGAGUGGACGAGAUUCGACUCUGGAAAAAUCGAGCACAAAGAUCUCGUGACACUCGCGCUCACGGUGCAGCUGCGGGACCCACUGAGGGAUUACGAGCCGGUGGGCGGGCCCAUGCUCAGCCUCAUUCAAUUCGGGAGGGUUUUUGGUCCCUCGAAGUUUAGAAUUUACCGGGAGGUCCCUCCGGCAGGGGAUGCUGACGAGGACGAAGGCGAAAUUGACGAGAUGGAAAAAUCGACACCUCGGUAUGAGAUCGUGGAGGUGGCUGUGGCGGGCUUGAAGAAGGUGUGGGGCCCAGCGAACCAGGAAAAGUCUGGGUCUCGAUGGCUGCUGGCGAAUGGGAUGGGGAAGAAGAAGAAGCAUCCAUUGAUGAAGGCGAGUUCAGUCGUUAAGGGUUCUUAUGUGCGGCCCAAUUCGGAUAAGCUGUGGAGUGUUUCGUCUGGGCCCGUUGGCCAGCAUGUUCGGAACACGAAUGUUGUGUUCAGGAAUGGGACUAUGAAGUUGCGUUAUAUGUCCUACAUGUACAUGGAUUUACCCAGCCUAGCUUUCUCGCCUUUCGUGAACAUCGAUUAUUUGCAUGCUGUUAAGGUGGUUUCUCGCACGAGACCUACGGUCAGUGUUUCGUUCAUUUUUCAGUUGUCGUUGAGAAUAAAAGGCCAUUUUUACGCCUUUGGUGGGGUUAGCUUGCUACAAGGGUCGACCAGGAAUGCUAAGGAGCCAACUGUUGGCUUCGUCAUGGAGUCAACAGCCAAUGGGACAGCUCUAUGUGGGGCUGUCCCACAUGGCUCCAAUGUGGGACAGCUCCACGAGCCAUGUGGGAUAGCCCCACGUGAAGCUAUCCCAUUGGUUGUUGGCUCCUUAGCAUUAUUGUUUAUAUAUGUUAACCAUGUAGACAUGGCCAAAUGGCGGGCCGGUUCAGGGCCCAGCCCGGCCCCGCGGGCCGAAGGGUUGGGUUUUAUCGACCCUGAACCGGCACGCCCUAAACCCGUCCCGGGCCCAUGA